UUGUGGUUUGCACCGCUACUUCACGGACUGUGAGAAAAUGUCUUGUUUUUCUUUUUUUUGGAACAGACAGCGUAAAGCCAUGAAGAUUGCAUCGUUCAAUGCCCGCAGGUUUGGGCUGAAGAAAUGCACUGACAGUAAAGUGUUCUCAAUCAUUACCAGGAUUGUGUCACGGUAUGACAUGAUUGUGCUCCUGGAAGUCUUUGAUUCGAAAGAAAAAGCUGCAAAAAAACUGGUGGAGCAGUUAAAUAGCACAUGUAAGGAUGGAGCAUCUUAUACAUAUAUAAUUAGCAAACCCUUGGGAAGAGGUGACUAUAAGGAGCAAUACCUCUUCAUCUUCAGGAAGGACUUUGUGUCGGUGAAGGAGCAGUACCAGUACGAGGAUAUGCAGAAAGGAGAUGAAGAUUCAUUUGCUCGAGAACCUUUUAUUGUCAGAUUCGAAUCCAAAAAGACAGCUGUGAAGGAUUUUGUUCUCAUCCCAGUGCACACUACUCCCAAAGACUCUGUCCAGGAGAUUGAUGAGUUGUAUGACGUCUACCUGGAUGUUAAAGAAAAGUGGGGGACUCAGAAUAUCAUCCUUCUUGGGGAUUUCAAUGCAGAUGGGUCAUAUGUCUCAGGGAGAAAAAUGAAAACAAUAAGACUUAGGACUGAUAAAUGCUUCCAUUGGUUAAUCGCUGAUGACAAAGACACUACAGCCACCAAUACAACAGACUGCUCAUAUGACCGGAUAGUUGUACAUGAUGAUUUGAUGGAGCACAUUGUUCCCAACUCAGCUAAGCCCUUCAACUUCCAGCAAGAGUACAAACUAACAGAUGAGGAGACGUUGGCAGUAAGUGAUCACUACCCAGUAGAAGUGGAGUUGAAACCAGCGACCGGAAAGAAGAAAUGACAAAUCAAGUUUCCCCUCACUCCUUAAGGCCACAAUUCCUAUGAACUUUAAGCAUUUUUUCAUUGCAUUUCAUAAUUAUUAUUUUUUUUAACACAUUACCAUAGACUCUAUUGAAAACAAAAAAAACUUACAUCCUCAUGUAAGGUAGGUUGAGCAGAUUCAAUUAGAAUGAUCACUUUUAUCCAAUCAAAUCAGCCAACAGUGCGCUGGGCUAUACAGUUUCUGGGGCUACCAUCGCUACAGCAAAUAACAGAAGAUGCCUGGACUACGCCUUUAAUCGGCAUCAAUGAUUUCUACUCUAAUUAUGUAACAUUGUUACUGAUGGCAACAGAUCUGCAGAUAUUGUGAAGACGGCAGAGAUCAACACGACUAAAGAAGCAUCGGUUUGUUUGUAGUCUGUAACCAUGGUAAUACACAGGUCUACAUAGGAACUGUGUACAGAAAAUGGAGAGAUUAUUUCUAUUCAAGGCUAUUGGCAAAGUGGAUGUCAUUGGAUAAACAGGAAAAAACACAAUUACUUUUCUACUUCUUAUUAAAAACAUACAAAGUCCAUAUGAACAUACAGCCGUGGAAAUGUAGCAGAAUAGAGAAUUAUGAUCAUUAAAGGGGUACUCCGCUGCUCAGUGUUUGGAACAAACUGAUCUGAACGCUGGAGCCGGCAGCGGGAGCUCGUGAUGUCAUAGCCCCGCCCCUUCAUGACAUUACACCCUGCCUCCUCAAUGCAAGUCUAUG